CGCGACAAUCCGCUCGAGAUCUGCAGUGGGUUUUGGAGCCAACAUGGCUAGUAUUUCUCAUUCGAAGUCUCUCCAGGAUCUACUCUCAGAGGCGCUACCUAAAGAUGUACCGUUCACGUUCUAUCACUACUCCACACCUCCGACGAAAUCGACUCCGCUGUUCAGCGCUCCGCCGCACCACAAGUCCGAGCGAACGUACCGCGAAUCGCACUUUUUGGCUGUCUCGAUAGUACGAAAGUCGCAAUCACCGUCCGAAGUUCCCGAAGAGCUCCUUAUACUUGCCAUUGAGGUUCUCAUCUAUACCACUGAGAAUCUUACAACGAUAUUCAUCUCGAAAGCGGACUCUACGGGAUAUAUUGCGGAGCUUAGCCUUCCUCGAGCACAAGCUGGAUCCCCGCUGAAGUCAAUAUGUGGAAUCUUCGUCUCCUGGCUGGCCCGGGAAAGACGGAGAGAAGGAAAGAAGUUGGUCAUAUCGUUGUUUGCGAGGGCACAAGAUCAAUACCUCUUUCCGGCGAGCGUUGAGAACCCAAAUAAGCAUGUGUUGGACGACAGGGGACUGAUAAAGUGGUGGUGUAAGGUUCUGGACCCCCUGAUUAGAGAACAUAAAGUGGAAGAGGAUGCAAAGAACUUGACGGAACGACUGGCCCAAAGCAAGAAUGGAAAAGAGAAUGUCAAGUCCUUGAAGAGCGAAUACACGGCUAAGGGAUACCUUGUCAUACCAGGAUUUGACGCAUAUGAUACGCUCCGGUAUACGCCAUUGCCCUCCUCAUCAGGUCCACGUCGCUGGGUUGCUUCACAUCCGUUACUGAAGAUUGCACCCCAUCCAGGAGCACCUCCCAGGUGUCUUGUUCCGCAUUUCCCGGACGAUCCGAAGUCCAGGUUCCUUGACGAGUUGGAUGAGGAACUCCCCGAUGCCCGCACCGAAGAAAUGAGCCAGCUCGGUGGAACGCCCAGCAGGAGUAACGGACAAUGGAAGAGUGUCAAGACGCUCGAUCAAUUUUGGGAGAUGAUGGCAUUCAGGCAAGAAUGCUCAUCAGGCCGUAUAACGGGGUUUAUAUGGGUUGUCAUCACACCGCCCCAACCUUCAAUUCCUGAGGAAGAUGAGUCGGAGGAGCCUUCGCAAACCCAAACUGUGAACGACUCUCAAGAUAGCCCUGCGAUCCACCAGUCACCAGCACGCAGCAAGGCUUCUCCCCGGAAACCGCGAAGAAGAAAAGUAAAUACAAGUCAUGGUCCCAUUCCGAUCAUACUGCCGAAGAUCAAGUCGAGUGUUUCGAACAUGUCGGGGGUCUCUACUGGGUCUGGCGGCACGGCUACGAAGCUUCCACCCGAGGUUACACCCUACUACAAGUGGCCAUCAACGUCGCGAGGCACUCUACUGCUCUCCUCUACCGCGUAUGAUCGAGCCCAUGAGAUUAUAACACAGCAGAACUUUGCCACUCACACUGCAGCAGCAAGGAGUACGAAGCGCUGGAAAGAUGAGGUAGCGCUUCUUGGAGGUGGUGACGACUGGAGCUGGACUAUUGUGGGUCAGAAGGAAGGAACACCAUCUGCCACACCCGGAUACACCGAUGCCGCUGCUCCCAUGGCUAUCAUAGGGGCCAGAAAGAAGAGAAAGCCUGAAAACGGUAAGGAGGCCGAAAGCAAUGAGACAACAUCGACAGCGGCGAACGUCCUAGGCGGUGGUCUUGUGAGAAAGAAGGCGAAAGUGGAUGAAACUGGCUCCAAUGUUCCGACCCCAGAGCCGGCGAGUAAGGUUAAUACACUUGGGACUGGACUAGUACGGAAGAAGACGAAAGCUUGAGAUCGUUGAGUCCUCUUCAGGAUCUCUUGGAUUUUGCAUGAUCUGGAGUUUGUUCUGGGUUCUUGGUUAUUGAUAGGGGCGUCGGGUUUUGCAUAUCACGCGACAACGAUUGGCAUGCCGGAAGCUUUUUCUUCAAUGAUUUUAGUCUUUCAGUUUGCAUAUAUAGUAGCAAUGUAUUGCUUGACUGUCUCAAAUCUUGGUCUUCUAGAGGGGUCAAGUCAUGUCAUGGAGUGCACUGACCCAUCUUGGAGGUCA